CACGAGCCGGACGUGUACGCGCACGCGCGCACGGCUGUACAUGACGUCAUGUUUCGGGGUCAUUAUUUAGGUCUAAUUCUUACUCCAGCUACUUUGCCAUUUAACACAUUAUUUUUUAUUUUUAUAUUCAAUGUUGGGAAGAUGACUGGAAAUGUAACUUGUAAUUGUAACCAACUACAUUUCCAAAGCGUGUUUUGUGUGUGUGUGUGCGUGUGUGUCUAUAUAUAUAUAUACGUGGAUUAUUUUACAACUGGCUUAAAUUACAAAACUGCACACCUACAGUAAAGGAAACAUCCUUUGCUAAUUUAAUAUCCCUUACCGCGCUGCUCGUUAGACUGAAUUGAUAGGCCCAGCACCUGGUGCACUUUCAACAACAAAAACCAGUCCACAAAUGCACAUCCUUCGACGGCCCGUCGAACUAACGCCGUCGCCCAACGACACGAGUGACUAACGUUGAGCCAGUUAACAGCCAGCCCUAGCGAACAGCUAACCCUAACCCACUCUACGUUCUCGUUCGCUGACUUUCACGUCACUUCACAGGCCAAGCUCUCCUUUCAAAGCACGUUCACUGCCACAGAUACUACAGUGUAGAAUGUGAGGAUGACGACCCCAAGUGGACAAAACUCAUAUCCGCAUAUAUUUUGGUAUUACUGUACAGUGGACCCCCGCAUACCCGCGGUUCGGCACCUGCGUAUUCACCUAUGAGCGCGCACACACGGAGCGCUUGUAUUUUCACGUCGUCAGUGCGAUGAGUUUCAUUAGUGUCUCUGUCAUCGGCCAAUGGGCGACGUUCCGUCCUCUGCCGCCAGCCAAACAGGUGCUUGGAUAACUCCGCCCCUUCUUCUUCAAAAGUCUGCUCGCGCGCACACACACACACACACACACACACGGCCAUGUCGCACAGUCACAGCACCCUCACUCAAACGCGCCUCGAGAAGACGUGGGUGCCGUGGGUGCGAAACCGACUCAGCAAGCGUCGAGAAUCGUCAGUUCCGCAGUUCACCAACUCGCCCACCAUGAUCGUGAUGGUUGGACUGCCCGCCCGCGGGAAAACGUACAUCUCCAAAAAGCUCACCCGCUACCUCAACUGGAUUGGCGUAACCACCAAAGUGUUCAACGUGGGGCAGUACCGGCGAGACGCCACCCGCGCCUACAACAGCUUUGAGUUCUUCAAACCCGACAACGCCGAGGCCAUGACGAUCCGGAAGGCGUGCGCCAUCGCUGCGCUCAAGGACGUGUGCGACUACUUCACCAGCGAGCAGGGCCAAGUGGUGGUUUUCGACGCCACCAACACGACAGCAGAGCGCCGAGCGGUCAUCCUCAACUUCGCGAAGGAAAACGGCUACAAGGUUUUCUUUGUGGAGUCCAUCUGUGAUGAUCCAGAGAUCAUUGCUGAGAAUAUUAAGCAAGUGAAGCUAAGCAGUCCCGAUUACAUCAACUGUGACAAGGACGAGGCUGUGGCCGACUUCCUGAAGAGGAUUGAAUGCUACAAGUUGACGUACGUGGCACUGGACGAUAUUAAGGACAGGAACUUGUCCUACAUCAAGAUCUUCAACGUGGGCAGCAGAUACCUGGUGAACCGCGUGCAGGACCACAUCCAGAGCAGGAUUGUUUACUACCUCAUGAACAUCCACGUCACGCCACGCUCCAUCUACCUGUGUCGCCACGGCGAGAGCGAGCUCAACCUGGUGGGCCGCAUCGGCGGAGACUCCGGCUUGUCGGCUCGCGGCGCCGAGUUUGCCGGCGCUUUGGGAGCGUACGUGCGCAAGCAGAACAUCAGCGAGCUGAAGGUUUGGACCAGCCACAUGAAGAGGACCAUCCAGACGGCUGAAGGUCUGGGGGUCGCGUACGAGCAGUGGAAGGCUCUCAAUGAGAUUGACGCUCGUGCGAUGGCCUCGUCGUGUUUCAGGGCGUAUGUGAGGAGAUGUCGUACGAGGAGAUUCAGGAGAAUUAUCCGGAAGAGUUUGCACUGCGAGACCAAGACAAGUAUCGCUACCGCUACCCAAAAGUCUUACGAGGACCUGGUCCAGCGUCUGGAGCCCGUCAUCAUGGAGCUGGAGAGGCAGGAGAACGUGCUGGUCGUCUGCCACCAGGCCGUCAUGAGAUGUUUGCUAGCGUACUUCCUGGACAAAAGUGCAGCGGAACUGCCCUACCUCAAGUGUCCUCUUCACACGGUCCUCAAACUCACCCCAGUCGCCUACGGGUGUAAAGUGGAGUCUGUCUUCCUGAAUGUCGAGGCUGUGAACACGCACCGCGAUAAACCUGAGAACGUGGACGUGGACAGAGAAGCGGAAGAGGCGCUGGAGACCGUCCCGGAGCACAUCUAGACCACCACGGAGAAAAAAAGACGAAAGAAAAACGCCGCCAACCAGCCCGUUUAUUUCCUCAGACAGAAUGUGGACUAGAUUAGGUUUUAAUCGGUAACUAAAUUCCAAAGCGAACGAUGGCCGCCUACUUUGAGUGCUUUACACACAAGUAUUGAAUUCAAACAUGUCCACGCCAAGUCAACAACCCUUUAUACAACAGUGCCCCCUUGUGUCCAGGCAACACUCAUCAUAUCGUGUGACAUCUCCCCUACAACACCAGCAAAAAACAAAAACAUUUAGAAAGCCAGAUUGCUAAUAGGUAAUUGUUAUAAAUUCAGACUCUCCUUCUUUUUGGGUGUUCUCUUUGGAAUAGUUUUUCUUCUAUUUGUGUCUUCUCUCUUUUCCCUUGUGAUGUGGAGAGGUUUCUUUGUAUGCUUUGAUGAGCUCCCGUCUAUUUUAUCUGUAUUGCUGGGAUAUAUAUAUAUAUAUAUAUACACACACACCUCACCACAAUAAUUACAGUUGGGUUUGGAAUCAUUCUAAAUUACAGCCCUUCGGGCAACACAUACAUAGAUUGAAAAUAAUAAUAAAUAAAAUAUCCAAUGAUCCCCCUGUUUGUUAUGAUAACCCGCAGGUGCCAGGGCAAAACCAUUUUGUGGAAGCAUGGGCGACACAGUGUUGCCAACUCAGGAAUUUUGUACCUUUUAUGUAUUUCCCCUGGCUGAGGCAGCACUCCAUCACCAAGACGCCCAAUUACAUUUGCAAUUAGUGUUGCGGAUUCACACGUGCAGGUAUUUGCUGGUUAUUAGAAUCCAGCACUCAUAACAGUUAGUGUUAAUCUCUGCUAAAACUGCAGAUCUGCUUACCUUUUGUCUUUGACAUGAUAUUGCUUUGGAGUCCGGCUGUGGUUUAAAACUGGCGAAUCUGGGCCUAGCCUAGCUGACAAGUCAUGGGCGGCCUUAUGUAAAUGAGUUGAGUUUUAACUUCGCACUUCAUCAAAAAUGAGAUGACACAUUUUCAGAAAUUGAACUUACCAAACAUGAUGUUUAGGAGUGUGGCAAAUACACUGAAUUAAUUAAUUCUAUUCACUGAAUCAUAUUCAAAGAUGCACUUUAUGGAUUCUCAGGGAGUGACUAAUCAGUAGGGAACAAACUGCAAUAAUUGAUAGUUAUGCUCAUUCAAUGCUUUAAUUAUUAUUUUUUUGUUGUUGUCGUAGGAGUUUCAUUUGUUUUUCAUUCUGUCUACAUACUGUCAACAAACGUGGACUGUUAGCGCAAUGCUAGCUAGCAGGCCAAGCAGAGUGAUUGACAUGUGGCGUGAAAAAUGAAAUUUGUCUUCAUGUGGAGUCAUCGGCUUCAAACAGCUCAAAAAUCCUUGACGACUCUUAGCGCACUGCUAACUAGCCGAGGUAGCUGUAUGAAUCUUUCAGGUCGCCCACUUCAUAGCAGCGUGGACUGUUAGCACAAUGCUAGUAGCUAGCAUUGCUUCCUUGGAAAAAACACCCAACACCAUCGCGUGCCUGACACAAAUGCCAAAUUCUUAUGAAAUGAUCUAUGCACUGUGGGGAUUUGUAGCAUUUAAUAGGACGCACAAUCGGGGCGUGGUGCAAUCACAACAUUUUCUUUUAUUUCUAAUGACAACAAUUGGAAUGAUGAUGCUUCUUCUUCACACAGUUAUAUCUAGCAGUGUCUCCAGAUGACUAAAGUUCAAUUGAGGUGUUGUGUCACUGUCUAAAACAGAUAACUGGGUGAGCCAAGAUUUUCUUCAAUUAGACCACAGCAAAACUGAAAUAAUUGUUUUUGGCAAUAAAGAAAAGAGAAUUACUUUUAGUAUAUACCUGGAGUCACUCUCUUUAAAAACCAAAGACCAAGCCCGAAACCUUGGUGUUCUGAUUCAGACCUGACUUUCAACAGUCAUAUCAAAUCAAUGACUAAAACUGCCUUUUACCAUCUGAAGAACAUAUCCAGAGUGAAAGCUUGUGUGUGUGUGUCAAGCAGACCAGGAGAAGAUCAUCCAUGCUUUUAUCUCAAGUAGACUUGACUAUUGUAAUGGUCUUCUGACUGGACUCCCCAAAAAGAGCAUUAAACAGCUGCAGCUCGGGUUCUGACCAGAACGAAGAAGUCAGAGCACAUUACUCCAAUUAUAAAGUCUUUACACUGGCUUCCAGUCAGCUUUAGAAUAGAUUUGAAAGUUCUGCUACUGGUCUAUAAAUCACUAAACGGUUUAGGUCCUGAAUACAUGAAUGAAAUGCUAAUGGAAUAUAAACCCAGUAAGGCUCUGAGAUCGACAGACCCGGCCGGGUUAAAUAGUGGAGCACAGAGUCCAAAGCAAACAUGGUGAAGCAGCAUUUAGCUGUUAUGCUGCACACAAAUGGAAGAAGUUGCCCACAGAAGUGACGUCAGCCCCAAGUGUGCAUGUUAUGAAGUCCAGGUUAAAACUCUUCUUUUUCCCAUGCUUUUUAGAGCAUUUCCACUUAAAUGAUAGUUCUUGCACUGUAUGCUGUUUUAAUUGUAUUUUAUUUUGUUUUUGUUUUUUUUAAUGUUUAUAAGCUGUUUUUUCUUUGCUUUUAAUCAUGUAAAGCACAUUGAGUUACCUUGUGUAUGAAAUGCGCUAUAUAAAUACAUUUGCUUUGCUUUG